AUGACCCCUGUUCACUUUGCCUUCUCAUCAGCUUUUAUACUAAGCCUAUCGGGCCUGGCAUUUUAUCGAACCCACCUUCUCUCUGCUUUCCUUUGUUUAGAGGGUAUAAUACUUUCACUAUUUAUUGCAAUCUCAUUAUGAGCCCUACAACUAGACACUACCGGCUUUUUAACUAGUCCUGUACUUCUUUUAGCAUUUUCAGCCUGUGAAGCUAGCGCAGGGUUAGCCUUACUCGUUGCUACAGCUCGCACCCAUGGCACAGACCGACUACAAAAUCUUAAUCUUUUUCAAUGCUAA